GUGGGGGAGGGUGAAAGGUGAGGGAGGGUGAGGAGAGAGGGCAGGUGAGGGGUAGGACAGGUGGGGAGGAGUGAGGGAGGUCCCUGGCAGCUGACGAUCAGGUCCUUUCCUGCCGUUGAGAGAGGGCACUGCUCCCACAUUCCCAGUUUCUGCUUCACCUUUGCUCCGCACUCCAGCCGGUUCUUCUGAACCAAGCUCCCAGCAGCUCCAUUUAAUCAGACCUGAUGGUGACGGGAGCAAAGGAUCGGUCGGAGCAGCUGCUAAAGAACAUGGUCUAGUUUUUGCAGUGAUUGACUCUGGACCCUGAGGGCUGGUCACAGUGCUCAUCAGUCUGAGGACUCAAAUUGGAGAACCUGUUUUGCAAGGUAGUUCCCUAAAGCUGGGACGAUCGGCAGUUAACCAUGGCAGAAGAUGAUCUGAUCUUUGAGAUCGAAGGGGUUGGCAAUGGAAGUCGAAACUCUGUCGAUGACAGUGAUGAGGAAGAGCAGUAUCUUAUCUGCUCCAUUACAGAUUACGACGAACAUAAUAAGCCAAACAAGAUUUGCAAUCGCAAUUACUUGAAGGGCAAACUUUGUGAAACUUCCAGCUCCCCUGUAAGGUCAUUCAACGUUAAGAAUCACGAGACCUGCCCUAAGUCUGGCUCAUUAACUGACCGAGGUCGGGAUGCUUGGAAACAUGCAUUGGAAAAAGCCAAGCACUUGCCUGAUCCUUGGGCAGAAUUCCACCUGGAAGAAAUUGAGACUGAGACGGCAACUCGUUACAGGUACAAUGCUAUUUCAGGCAAAUGGGUCGAAGAUGAGGUACUCAUGAAAAUGGCGAAACAACCGUUCGGCCGUGGCGCAAUGCGAGAAUGCUACAGAACGAAGAAACUUUCAAACUUCACACGUCACCAGCAGUGGAAAUCUGCCUCCAAUUACGUUGCAAAGCGUUACAUAGACUCGGUGGAUCGAGAGGUGUACUUUGAGGAUGUGCGGCUUCAGAUGGAGGCAAAGCUGUGGGGAGAGGAGUACAACAGACACAAGCCUCCCAAACAGGUGGACAUCAUGCAGAUGUGUAUUUUGGAGAUGAAGGACAGACCUGGAAAGCCGCUGUACCACCUGGAACACUACAUAGAGGGCAAAUACAUCAAAUACAACUCCAACUCGGGCUUUGUGAGAGACGAAAACUUCCGCCUUACUCCACAGGCAUUUAGUCAUUUCACCUUUGAACGCUCUGCACACCAGCUGAUAGUUGUUGACAUCCAAGGAGUCGGAGACCUGUACACGGACCCUCAGAUCCACACGUCCAGUGGCACAGACUUUGGAGAUGGCAACUUGGGCGUGCGAGGUAUGGCUUUGUUUUUCCACUCUCACGCUUGCAACAGCAUUUGUAAGAAAAUGGGGCUGACUCCGUUUGAUCUCUCGCUGAAGGAAAUGGCAGCACUGGAACAUGCACAGAAUUUACUGAAAAUGGCAAAAACCGUCCUUCGAGGCACCGAGGAGGUUUGUGGCAGCACCAGGGUGAGGACUCUCUCUGGCUCCAGACCGCCCAUGCUCAGACGCCUGUCUGAAAACUCUGCAGAUGAAAAUAUGAGCGACAGCAUGUCUGACUCUCUCCCCUGCUCGCCGUCGUCCUGGUGGAGCCCGAAGGAAGACAUACUGGGCAGGUCUCCGAUGGGUUGGACAGUGUUUAACGAAGUCGAUAAUCUGAGCGGUGAGCACAAUGGCUCAUUGGGUGAGAGACGGAUGUCAGAAUCAGGAGGUGACAGCGGAUGCCCCAGUGAGCGGAGGAGUGAACUGGAAGGGGAGUGUGCAGACCGGGCAAACUCAAAUGUGCGAAAGUAUUGUGAAUCCGAUGAAGACAGCAUCCGACGGGAUCACCAUAAUGAGGACAAGUGGAACCAUUACCACACAUCCAGAGCUCACUCGCACUGGCCUUCAUGUGUGGCUGUUGAGGUGGAGCGACUUAAUGCCAUCAAGCAGGAAAAGAAAAUUGGGAAGUCCAUACUGGGCAAGGUGCAUCUGGCCAUGGUUCGGUACCACGAAGCUGGCCGCUUCUGCGACAAACUGGAGGACUGGGACCGUGACUCUGCAAUCUUCCAUCUCGAGCACGCCGCACUCUGCGGGGAACUGGAAGCCAUUGUUGCCCUGGGCCUCAUCUAUCUGCAACUGCCUCACCACAUCCUGACCGACGUCACCGUGGAGGACAGCGACCAGCAUCGGAAGGUUGGCUUUGACUACCUCCUGAUGGGCGCAGAAGCGGGGGAUCGCCCGUCCAUGAUCCGUGCAGCUCGAGCCUUCGACACCGGCGCCAGCCUCGGUCCUGACAGGACCCAGGACUGGAAGGAAGCUCUGCACUGGUACAAUGCCGCUCUGAACAUGACCGACUAUGACGAGGGAGGAGAGUACGACGGAACGGGGGACGAGCCCAAGUAUAGUCUCCUUGCUCGAGAGGCAGAGAUCCACAUGACGGGGGGGUUUGGCGUGGAGCCAGAUCCCCAGACAGCAGGUGAUCUCUUCACAGAAGCGGCAGAGGCAGCCAUGGCCAACAUGAAAGGCAGACUGGCCAACCAGUAUUACCAGCGGGCAGAGGAGGCCUGGGCCAUGAUGGAGGAAUGAAUCUCGGCUGUGCCCGUGGCCGGUGGCUGUCCACUGAACACUGACUGCCCUUCUGUGUCACUGACGAAUCCUUGGGACUUCCUCCUGUGUCUUUAAAUGUGUGGAGGAUGGUGCUGUGGGCUUGUGCUAAUGCGCACGGGCUGCUUGUGGUACAGUUAUCACUGGCACCACACAGACUUUGACAGCACCUUUUAUGUGUAUAUUUUGUGUUUAAUAAUAGGGCCAUUACAGAACAUGAAGUUUCAUUUCUGAUUGCUGAGUGCAUGUGGUUCUGCCAGUUUGUGGCUCUGGGUUUAUGAUAAGCAAUGACAAACUACUCUGCUGUAUUGUCCUUUAUCUCAAAGCAGCAGUGUUUCUCUAUCUGCAGGUACUUGUGUUUAUUGUUUACAGGGGGGGGGGGUGGAAAAUGUGCAUGCUGCACUGAAACAUUGAAGGGGCCACUGGUUGGAAACACCAUUUGAUGCGGUGCUUGCCCGUUAGUGCAGGAGGUGUGGCCAGAGAGCAGCAGCGUGUUACUAGUUUACAGUCACUUCCACGGGGCUGCCUGACUCUCGCUGCGGCUCGGUGCCCCUCGAUCUCCUCCCCAUGUCUGCUUAACCCUUGCAAAUCUAAAGCACCUUAACAGAUCAAAGCCUCCAAUUGCACUCAAGGUAAUGAAUGAUUCUAAGGUGCCAUGUAUGUUGCCAUUUUGUGGCAUGAACGGCUUGUGUUGAUGGUUGACCCUUCUAGCACUAUUGGUUGAGGGAGGAAUGUUGCCCAGAAUAAAUAGGGCCACGGGCUCUUUAAUGGUUCGGGAAGGGUGUGACUUCAGUGUUAUGGUUCACCUGAAAUGCUCCACCCAACAGCAGGCAGGUAUCCUCGUAGACCAUGCAUAUACCUAACCCAAAGAAGUGCCGACUCAUGGGCUCAAGGCAACUUUUACCAUUCCCAAUGCUAGUGUGCUGCAAGUUGCUCUUUUGGCAAGUUGUUCUAUCUGGGAGCCACUGUCAAUGAGGUUAGAUCCUGCCUUGUCCAAUCCUCACGUGUUUUAACCCUCUUGAGCAACUCAACCCAAGCCACGAUUGCCUAGUGCAAACACAUUGUAGCCAGCUUUGUACGAUCCUUCUGUGUAAAUGCAGUGCACAAGCUGAAGAGUACCAACUCCCCAGAAAGCAUGUCGUCUCGACCGCUGUGGGAAAACCUGUCAAUCUGGGAAGAGACGCCGUCUGGGCCCGCUGAUACGCACAAUUGAUUGAAAUUCAGUAAUCGAAGAGUGAAAUUCUGGGGGUGUAAAUGCGAAAUAAAACCAAACUGCUGGAAGUAGGCGGCAUCUGUGGUGAGACAAGCAGGUGAUCGACAAGCAACUGUGGGCCAUUGACAGCUGGGGAUAAUGUUUUCAAGUUGCAAAAUAAAUUCUAAGAAUGGGAAAUGCUAGAAAUAGCAGCAUCGGGCAGCGAGCAACUGUGGUAAAGCGAUUAAUGUUUCGGGUCUCUCACCUUUUAAAUUGCCAUAAUUCAUGUUGUGCCCUUGAUGUUCCAUUGCUGAUCUGAAGUUGAUGCUAGUCUGGGCUUUACAAUGGAGCCAAGUGCCCUUCUGCAAAUUGGCAGGCACUUGUUCCCUGGAGGUUUACACAGUUUUAAUGUGUAUGUGCUUGGCAAGAAUAAAUUCUUUUUAUUGUUUUGAA